CGAUACACGGCGUGUUGAUGAGAGAAGGAACAGAUCAGCAGGCGAUAGAAGGAAAAAAUCAUAACCGGUGCGGGUUGCGUGCGAGUGGCUACCAGAACAUGCGACGAUGGCGAACAACUACACGGACGACCCUCCGCCGCGGAAGCAGCAGACGACACUUAGCUCGACACUGGUGCGAUGUGUCUGCAUCACGGCCUCCUUCAUCGUGACGGCCUGCGGACUGCUCGGCCUGGGGGUCACGUGUUUUGUGAUUCGGCUAUCGGAUCCCUUAGCUGCACCAUGCCCCUUCCACUUGACUAUCACGGUCUUCGCCGUGGCCGCUCUCCUCUUCAGUUUGAGUUUUAUCCUAUUGCUACUCCUGUGCCGAAGGAGGAAUCGCUUGAGGCACGGUGCCCUCUUGGAGGACUUGCCAUCUUUGAAGAAUAAAGAGCAAGAGCUCCAGAGUAAUGGAGCUGGAGCUGUUAGUGAGGAUAAAAAAGAUCUCGAAGGGGCACCUGUGACUCCUACGUCGCAAAAUAGCGGGGAUGUAUCCUUCGCGAUGACACAGAAAUCGGCUGAUGUUUCCCAUUGGAUCGAACAACAAAAACCUCCCGAAGAAGCAACAGAGGAUUGUUUUCCAUUGGAAAUAGCAGAUGGCGCUACGAGUCGAGAAUCCGACCACGAGAGCUCUGAAGGCGAAAUGACUUCAUUAUAGGCUAGAGGGUCGGCAUUGAACUUAUCAUAUUUUGCAUCAUCUUAUCGAACAUGCACGUUUUAUUUUACUAUGCAGUGAGUGAGUGAUCAGUCUUCUUAUCCGUAAUGCAGAGUGUUCGAAGCCUUACACAAAAUGAAUAUUUAAAAAAAAAAAAACAUUACUUCCGAUUUUAAAGCAUAGUUCGUUUUUAUUUUCAUCCUUUACAAAAAAAAAAGUUUUCCCACUACACGUUAAUACAGUAUUACUUGUACACCUUUCGUAGUUCUGAAAAGAUUGAAACGAUGUUCAAUUUCGAGCUAGGCACUAGCGCAGCCAGAAUUCACCUCCUGGAGAGAGAGUUUUUUGGUUAGAGCAGUCCUUACAUGGAUACAAACUGCCAUAUCCUCAUGUAAAUAAUAGCCAAUGAUCUAGUAACCCGCGUUUCAACAAUGAAACUUGUGCCAUGGCAUGGUAAUUUGAUAAUAUGUUUUGGUAAUGUUUAACAUGCAGGAAAAGGCUUUAUUGCGACAAGGCUGAACUCGAUCCGGUAACUUAAGUGUUUUACUGGUAAAGCAGUCAUUUUAGGGGAAUGAAGAAUCAAAAAAGUGGUUGAGAAUUAACGCUAUCCACUGGAGUUAGGGUUACAAUUUCAACUAUCAAAUUAUCACCAAACAGGCAAUUGCUUCGUCCAAAUGUAGAAGAAUAAAAGCAAUUUUCACCCGUCAUUCCUGGACGGCUGACUUUCUAGUUGUAAAAGAAUUGGCAAUGUGCGUUAAAGCCAAAGCAUCCGGGGGGCUAGCCCUUAAAACCCCCCAUUUUAUCUUCCACAGUCGAAAUUUUCAGUUUUCAAUGUUACCACCAUCUACACAUACCUUUAGCUGACAUUAAUAAUGGCGGAAAAAACUUCAUGCGAUAAGGGUCAAUUAAUGCAAAUCUUUAUAAAACCUGUAUUUUCUAACUUACUAGUUAGCUCUGAAAUACAGUCAUUGAGGGCAACUUUGAUCCAUACGGCUUUGCGCCGCUUCAUAUAGCCUUUUAGCAUAUUGUACUAUAAGAAACUUUAAAAGGCCAAUACUGCACUUUGCUGUCAAUAUUGUAAUAUUUGGUUUCUACUUUUUAUUUUAAAAACUAGAAAAUUACUAUUGUAUGACGGAGGUAGAUUGCUUUUUUAUCAGAGAGAUUGCCCUUUAAAUUUGACGUGUUCUAAUAAAUAAAUGUACCUCAAAACCAUACUAGCAUAAGUGACAUUUUCACUACUUUUCAGGAGAGCGUAAAAACGUUUGUUUACUACAUACGAGCGCCGGGACUCACGGUCUUAUAAAACUGGUCAGUAAAUAUAAAGUUUUUUUUUAUUCUUUACAAAAUUAUGUUGUUGUAGCCCAGUGCGGAAAAGUAAACUAUUCAUACAGUCUGACCACCAAUGAGAUAGAAAGGCUCAAAUCCAGUUUACAGGCGGAAAUCGACACAUGUAUUAGUUUUGAGAAAUGCUACCUUUGUAAAAUGAAAUUACCAAAUUUUAUCUGCUCCAACAAUGAAACAAUGUUUUCAUGCUUAUCAUUUAUAACCUAAGGUAGGGAUUGGCGGACCUAAGUACCUCCAUUUUGUCGAGAGUUUCAUUGCUGGUGACGUCAGAGCGUUACUCGAUCAGUGAUUUUGGCUACUAUAUGUAUGAUGAUAAGUUUACAACACACUACAUGGUAUCAUCCAGUUAUUCUGAAAUAACUGUUUGGAAGCUACUCUGGGAUGGGGAUUUAAAGUCGUUGAAAUGUUAGUCCUACAUUGUGUUAUUCCAUGUCAAUAUUAAAUUAUUGAAAGCUUGUGAUGCAAUGACAUAAUAAGGGAUGUUUUUAAACAUUUAGAACUUGAAUUUUCUGGUUCAAAGUUACACUACUUUUAACUAAACAAUUUAUUUUACAGCACAUUUCCUAUGUAAUUCAAAGUUGCUUUGAUAAGUAAUAUAACUUUCAAUCGGGUCAAUGUAAUUUAUUUUAAAUGGUUCUUAUAUUUUUUUUUAUCUUUAUUUAUUUUGAAUGCCAAUAGAUGCAUCACAAUAUUUAAAUAUGGGAGAGGUGAGGAAGUUAAAAAAAUCAAUAACGUGUAAAUUCACCCUGCGUAGCUAUUCUAAUUCAACUCAAUGGUUUGAUUCAAAAAGGUAACCUCUCUUAAAAAGAAAUAUCUGAGUUAUGAGAGUUUGGAAAACGUUGCCGGGCCUUACCUUUGCUAUUUUAUUUCGAGACGUAACUGUAAUUAAAGUGUAUUUAAUUAAAACAAUUUUCGACUCAUUAUUCUAUCAAAAAAUAAUAAAUUAAAACUAAGAGUUGUUCUCUUCUCUUAAGAGAAGGAUGAGAUCAAAAAUAGAGAUGUUACCUUUUCGAAGAAACUGUUUCAGCUAAAGUUCUACUACAGUGGUUCAUUACCAACUGUUUCUCUUUACAUUCGGAAGUCAGCAGUUCUGAUAACAAAGAUUACGGAUAAGAAGACUUCCAUUGUUUAAUAGUUCCGAUUCAUUUCAUUCAUGAAUACAAAUGUUUCCGCUAGAUUGGGCUACAUAAACAAUUGAAGAGUGCAGGGAAGAAAGGCUAAAAGACUUUUUUUUCGAGUUCAGUUUACUAUGACAGCACUGACUGUUUGUACAGUUAAUUUUGUUGCUUUAUUUUAGCAGGUAAGAAAGGAGCAGGAUCGGGGCAAAAAAUCACCCAAACGUUUACUGUACCAGUGAAGAAAUGCUGACGUUUUACACUUUUAAAAGUGAGUUUCUCGAAAACUGGAAAUAUUACAAGCAUAUGCUGACAGUUCUGUUAUGUUAUCCACAUGCUACAGUCACGACAUUGCAAUGUUCGCAUCUGUCUGGAAUAGUCAGUUGAUUUUUAUAGACUGACUAGCAAACAUACCCAGCGUUGCCUGGGUCAGUAAUAAUAUUAAGAAACAGUUUAUACCGUAUUACCCAGCAUUAUCCGGCAUACCGGAAAAAUCGAGGUUAGGAGAAAAAAAGGGCUGUAAAAAUAUGUUUAGCUUAAAAAUAAUAUAAGUUCUGUACAUAUCUUAUUAGUAUUAAUGAACAGUUUAAUUUGUGUAAAAAUAUUAACUACAAUGUCAUUUGUUAUUUUAACAAGAAAAAUAUUAUUAAAUAACGAAUACUUUUAUAAAAAAACAUAAAUUAAAACUAAGCAAACAUUUAAGCAGUAAGUAACCGCCCCUAAGCCUAUGCUAAAGAAUUUACCAGAGCUAUUCAAUAAAUAAAAAUUAAACACACCUCUCUAAAAGGAACCUAAAAUAAUUUAUUUAAAAAUAUUAUGAACGAAUCGCAGUAACAAUGACUGCUUCUGAAUUGAUUACUUGAUUGGAUUAUAAAAAAAUCCAUCAAUAAUGACCUACCAUAAAUAACAAGCACAUAUUACAUGCAAUACCCAAUCGGAACUGAAUGGGGACAUUUGCUUUCGUUUUUUUGUAAAAUAAACUUCGAAAAAAUUCGAAUUUCCCGAGCAUGCUGGUCAACCUCGAUAUACUAUGAUACAUAUAUAUGAUAUAUAUAGUAAAAAAUUACACACCCUUAUCCAAAUCGAUGUUUUCCGUUAAAUAAGAAAAUCGAGAAAAAAUCAAUAAAAAAUAAUUGAAAGCAUUAAUUUAUAAAUUAGUUAAUUUUUAAAACAUUCAGGUAAUAAAUGCUAAAAAACUUACCGCCUGCAUCCGGGUUAGAAACCGAGACCCUCGUGUUGUUGGUCCAGCACUUUUCCCACUGAGCUAUUCGGGCAACAAACGCUCGAGCUAUUGAUGCAAGAAAAAAUGCAUCAUGAUUAUUAUUGAUUCAAUUUCAAUUUAUUUUUGGUCCAAUCCUAUUAGUCUUAGCGUGAUGUUAUAUAGCCUAUAGCCUUUCGUAAUACAUGGACUAUUCAACAUAAAAAGAAUUUUUGAAUUCGAACCAGUAUUUCCUGAGAUUAACACGUUCGAACAAACUCUUUAGCUUUAUAUUAUUAGUAUAGAUAGGUGAGACUAUAAGAAUGAGAAACUGCAGUCUCUGAUUGUAUGACUAUUCCAGACUGAAGAGUUCAUAACCGGGCUGUCGGCGUAUGAUUAUACUUCUGCCCUAGACUUGGCUUGAGAGCCUCAAAUUAUAGCUUACUAUUGGACUGAUGAACAUUUUACUUUUCUUCGCUGUGGUCUUCCAUUGUUUUGUUCAUAUUGAUAUCCGUUUGAAAGAGAAUUUUGUGCAAUUUUUAUUGUGAUGUCAUUGCAUUAAAAUCGAAUUAUUUUCC